AUGUCCACCAACCCACCCUCGACAGCCGAUCCUAAGCUGGCUGUUGACGCUACCAGUGGCAGUGAUCAACUACCCACAGGAGACCUGCAAAACGUCCAAGGCGAAGUCCAGGCCAAUGACCAGCCUCCGUCAGUAGAAAAACUGCGCAAGAUCCAAGACUACCCUGUACUGGAUCGACAUGGCAAGUCUCAUCCGUUCAAGAGCCUGUAUUCUGGGCCUGGUGUAGCCGAACGGGUGCUAGUGAUCUUCGUCCGACACUUUUUCUGCGGCAGCUGCCAAGAGUUCCUUCGGGCGUUGUCCGCAUCCAUCACCCCGGGAACCCUGGAACAUCUGGCAAAAAGGACAUCAGUGGUCAUCAUUGGCUGCGGAGAUCCGGGCCUGAUCGAGAUGUAUGGGAAAGAAACCAACUGCCAAUUCCCCAUCUACGCGGACCCCACCAGGCAGCUGUAUCAGGACCUCGACAUGAUGUGCUCCUCCGCCUUUGGCAGCCAGCCAGCCUAUAUUCGCAAGGGCAUGGCUCGCAUUGUUGGUGAAUCAAUGUUUCAGGCUAUGAAGUAUAUACCAUCAGGCUUAGCACACAAGGGCGGAUGGUACAAGCAAAAUGGGGGAGAGUUCCUGUUUGAACCGCUUGAUGGUAACGCAGAGAGGACUGGUGAGGAAGAAAAGCAAGUAACGUGGUGCUAUCGGAUGGAAACGACGCGGGAUCAUACUGAGAUCCCUGACCUUAUGCGGGUUCUGGGUAUUGAUCAGAAAAAUGUUCCAAAUUAAAGUUAUAUAUUGUGAAUAAUCUCUCAGGCAAAGGCGUGUUCUUGGUUCCGUUGGUUAACGUCCAAAUGUCAGUGAUAAGGAACGAAAACUCUGACUCUUACUGGCCACUAUAUGCGGUCCCUUCAAGCAGGCUCCUGCUGCUGCUGCUGCUGCUGCUGCUGAUGAUG